CCCCCGACACUACUUUUAUUGGAUUUUCUAACCCAAAGGACGAACUCGAUCAAAUCGCCAAACUCUUCGUCUCUGCAGUGGACACCAAUUUCUGUACCGUUUUUUAUGGCGUUUCUGUUUAAAAAGUUUCAAGAGGCGGUCCAAGUGCUUGCGAAAAGUCGUACAUUUGCCAAGGAUGGAAGGCACCUUCAGUUUGAAGCCGAUAUGAAUCGUCUAUUUCUUUUCACGAGCUACUACCGUCUGGGAAAGAAUGCUGAUGAAGCAGAUGCAGAGGAGAUUAUCGACAUGGCUACUAAGGCCACUUUGGCGGAGCAGCAGAAGCAAGUUCAAGAUAAUAUUCACGAACAAAUAAAUAACUUCUGUAAGCGUAUGGAUAGCAUUCUUCUCCCAAAUACAAAGACAGUUGAUAGUGUCAACUCUUCUUCCGGGAAAAUCAAUGCUCCUCGGCAUAGUGGUCUUGGUCUUGCUGUCGGAGGUCCUACUCAUUUGCGCAAUAGCCCUGGCAUAUCUGUGGUGGAGACAAAGCCAGUGAAGCAUUCGGAGGUGUCGCAGAAGCUGAAGGAUCUCAUUGGAUACACUCUUGAAAUUAAGCCAUCUCAAAUUCAGCACGAGGAUGCUGGGAAAGGUUUAUACUUGGAUGGUGAAGCUAAUGUUGGUGCUGUAAUAGCCAUAUACCCUGGGGUGACAUACUCUCCUGCAUACUAUCAAUAUAUUCCUGGAUAUCCGAGAGUUGAUUUGCAGAACCCUUACCUGAUCACAAGAUAUGAUGGAACCAUAAUAAAUGCCAAGCCUUGGGGUUAUGGAGGUGAGGCUCGUGAAAUGUGGGACGGCUCAGGUGUUCGAGAAUCUAGAUUGAACAGUGAAGGCGAGCAAAUCGGUUCAGAUCGAUUAUGGAAGAUGCUCAGCAAACCAUUAGAUGAUAAACAAGUGAGGCGCCGUGGGGAACUCCUGGAAUUGAGAAAUCCGCUAGCUUUUGCUCAUUUUGCAAACCAUCCCGGGAUAGAUAUGGCGCCAAAUGUAAUGGUUUGCUCCUAUGAUUUUCCUCUAACUGAGAAGGAUAUGCGAAGCUAUAUCCCGAAUAUCUCGUUUGGAAGUGAAGAAGUCGGGAUGAAGAAAUUCGGAAGCUUUUGGUUCAAGUCUUGGAGGUCUAGCAAUGCAGCCAUGGAUGUUCCUCAUCUCAAGAGCCUCGUUCUUGUGGCUACCAGGAAUAUCUGUAAUGAAGAAGUUUUAUUGAACUACAGAUUGAGCAACCUGAAGCGCCGGCCCUCGUGGUAUAUUCCAGUCGACGAGGAAGAAGAUAGAAGAAGAUGGAGCUGAGCUAAUUUAGCAUCAAUGGUCUAUAUCUAAAUCCCUCAUUUGGACAUUUUGUUGUCGAUUUUGACAAUGGGAGCAGUAGUUUCUUCUCUCAUUCUGAAAUUUCCAAGAGUUUUUAUGGUGGCUCCAAAGCAAGUCAUUCUGAAGAUGCCAACUGAAUUCGAAGGCUAGUGUUGAAUUAUGAUACAUUUUCAUUGAACUUUUGAAAAUUCCAUGGAUGCCAGUUUGGGAAAUGGAUUUCUGUUGGUGGCUUCUUCUGCUAAUUUCCUGAUCUAGAAAAAAUAGAAAUAUUAUUCUUGUGCAGAACUGAAGAAGGCAGACAUAAUUGCACGUUUGUUCCUUACCCAAAGAUGAAGGUACAAAACAGUUUCAUAUGAUUGAUUGAAAAUAUUGUUUUUUUUGGCUCAUGUAUGCAGAGAGGACUCGAAGACUAUUAUUAGGGUUAAGAAAGUUGAGCUGCAGCAGACUGGGACUGCCCAUGCAGAAAAAGCAUGCAACUGGUUCUCCCCAUUGGUGUCUGCAUCCAGUAUACUUUCCCUAUACUAGGCAGGAAAAAACAAAUCGAAUCGAACCGUCGAACUGUUAAAUUGAAUCGAAUUUUUGGGUAAUCGAGAAAAUUCGAUUCGAAUACA